AAACCCAACCGAUCCAGUCUCUUUAGAUUCCUCUUCUUCAUCACACCGCUUAUAAAAAAAAAGAGUUGGACAGUUUGGUCCUAAUUUAUUCUCAUCAAACCUCAAUUUUGCUUCUUCCCCACCUUCACUACUUCCCCACCCGACAAACCCUAGAUUUGUAGGAAGAGGGGUUUCGUCUAUUUCCUUGUAAAUCUCGGUUCUUUUUGUGUCCUUUCGUAUAAUUUUGCUGAUCAUGGAUUCUGAAGAAGAUAUGCUCGAUGCCCACGAUAUGGAGUCUGGUGAGGACGAUUUCUACAGCGGUGGAACUGAUGAUUACAACGAUAGUGAUGAUGGUGAACCCGAUUACGGGUUUGUUGAGGAAGACGCUGAUGAUUCUGCUAUGAUCGCCUCCCAUCGCUCUCAGAAAAACUUUUGUGUUCUGAAGGAAGAAGAUAUUCGCAGGCACCAGGUGGAUGAUAUUGAACGAGUUUCUGUUGUUCUUUCGAUUACUGAGGUCGAAGCGAGUAUUCUGCUUCGUCACUUCCACUGGAGUGUCGGAAGAGUUCAUGAUGAAUGGUUUGCGGAUGAAGAGAGAGUUCGGAAGGCUGUUGGAAUAUUGGAGGGCCCUGUUGUUCCACCAACUGAUGACAGUGAACUUACAUGUGGAAUCUGUUUCGAUUCAUACCCUCCUGAGAAAAUCGCCACAGUUUCUUGUGGCCAUCCUUUCUGCACUACAUGCUGGACAGGUUAUAUCAGCACAACCAUUAAUGAUGGCCCAGGAUGUUUGAUGCUAAGAUGUCCUGACCCAUCUUGCCUUGCUGCUGUUGGUCAUGAUAUGGUUGACAAAUUAGCGUCUGAAGAAGACAAGGAGAAAUACAAUAGAUAUUUUCUUAGGUCUUAUAUUGAAGACAACAGAAAGAUGAAGUGGUGUCCUGCCCCGGGAUGUGAUCAUGCGAUUGAUUUUGCUGCAGGGUCUGGCAAUUAUGAUGUUUCUUGCUUUUGCUCGUUUAGCUUUUGCUGGAAUUGCACUGAGGAGGCUCACCGACCUGUGGAUUGUAGCACAGUUUCAAAAUGGAUAUUAAAGAACAGCGCUGAAUCUGAAAAUAUGAAUUGGAUACUUGCCAACUCAAAACCUUGUCCGAGAUGUAAGCGGCCAAUUGAAAAGAAUCAGGGCUGUAUGCACAUGACAUGUACACCGCCUUGUAAAUAUGAAUUUUGUUGGCUUUGUCUUGGUGCAUGGAUGGAUCAUGGGGAAAGAACUGGUGGGUUUUAUGCUUGUAACCGAUACGAGGUAGCCAAGCAAGAAGGACAGUAUGAUGAGACUGAACGGAGGAGAGAGAUGGCCAAAAAUUCACUAGAGAGAUACACACAUUACUAUGAACGCUGGGCAAGCAAUCAAACGUCGAGGCAAAAGGCUAUGGCAGAUCUACAGCAAGCGCAGACGCAGAAUCUUGAGAAGCUUAGUGAUAAACAGUGCACACCAGAAUCUCAGCUCAAAUUCAUUUUGGAAGCUUGGCUUCAGAUCAUCGAAUGUAGGCGAGUCUUAAAAUGGACAUAUGCAUAUGGAUAUUACCUACCUGAUCAUGAACAUGCCAAACGACAAUUUUUCGAGUAUUUGCAAGGGGAAGCUGAGUCUGGUUUGGAGAGGCUCCAUCAGUGUGUAGAGAAGGACUUGGGUCAGUUUCUCAGUGCGGAAGGCCCAUCAAAAGAUUUCAAUGAUUUCCGGACCAAAUUAGCUGGUUUGACCAGCGUGACGAAAAACUACUUUGAGAAUUUGGUGAAAGCUCUGGAAAACGGUCUUGCUGAUGUAGACUCACAUGCGGCUUGCAGCAGCAAAUCAACAAGCUCUAAGUCAACAGGUUGCAGUAGCAAAACAAGAGGUAAAGGCAAAGGAAGUUCCAGAACUGGUGGCUCCAGCAGAAACCCAGAUGAUAACUUAUAAUUAUGAUGUUUCUCAUGUCCUCGCCAAGGUACAAAACCCGAACUGAUCUUAUGCAAUUGGGAGAAUGCACACGAUCAAAGAAAAGCCCAGACUACAUGCACACAGUGGAAGUCUAAUUCUUCUCUUAUGCGUGUGUGCGGGUUUGGAUUGUAGGGUUUGUGAUAUGUUUCCUAUUUAUGUAUAGUGUAAAAGAAUAUGCAUGUGAUUGUCUCUACUACACACAUUGUAACAAGACUUCCGUUGCCUGCUCUGCUAUGGCAAUCUCUGUGAAACCAAAAUCCAGUGACCUUAUGUGUCUGGGUUUGAAAGCAAAAAAGGAGUAAACGGUACUUGCUUUGUGUUUGGUUUUA